AGCCCGGGCUCGGGCUUUGCACCCGGCGGUGGCUGAGAAUCUUGGUGGCUGCGGAGCCGGCAGCGCAGGCAGACGGAGCAGAGCUGCCCGGCCCGGUGGCAGGCGAUGCCCCCGUGAGCUUCUCUCGCCGCCCCGCCCCGCCCCGCGCCCCUACCCCCGCUGAGUCCUCCGCCCGCCUGGGACCGGGCCGCGCCUACCGCCGGGUCCGCGGGGCGGGGUCCCAGGGCUGCACCUGCCCCGCCUUUCAGAGCCUCCUUGGCCACCGGAGACCCCUCCCUGUAUGGACCCCAGCCCCACCCCUGAGUCUUAUCACAUCACCUCCUCCUGGGAGCUACCCUGAUUGCCUUCACCUCCUUUCUUGAAAACUGGUGUCCCAGAAGAAGUUAACAGAAGCCUCCUGUCAAUGCCCUAGGGGAGUGCUGUUGGGAGGGGCACAGCCCCCUGUGAUGUGGAACACCACGCUCAGAGUCAUCAGUUUGAGUUGCCUGAGGCUCUGCCGCCCCUGGGACCAUGUUUAACGGGGAGCCAGAUCCAGCCUCGGCUGCAGGCCCCAGGAAUGUGGUUCGGAGCUCCAGCAUCAGCAGUGAAAUCUGCGGAUCUCAGCAGGCCGGGGCCGGGCCCGGGACCACCACUGCUAAGAAGCGGCGUAGCAGCCUUGGCGCCAAGAUGGUGGCCAUUGUGGGCCUGACCCAGUGGAGCAAGAGCACGCUCCAGCUCCCCCAGCCUGAAGGGACCACCAAGAAGCUGCGCAGCAACAUCCGGAGGAGCACGGAGACAGGCAUCGCCGUGGAGAUGCGGAGUCGGGUCACGCGCCAGGGCAGCCGGGAGUCCACCGAUGGGAGCACCAACAGCAACAGCUCCGAGGGCACGUUCAUCUUCCCCACCACCCGGCUUGGGCCCGAAAGCCAGUUCAGCGAUUUCCUGGAUGGGCUGGGACCAGCCCAGAUUGUGGGGCGACAGACGCUGGCAACUCCACCAAUGGGGGAUGUGCAUGUUGCCAUCAUGGACCGGAGUGGCCAGCUGGAAGUGGAAGUGAUCGAGGCUCGGGGCCUGACCCCCAAACCUGGCUCCAAAUCUCUCCCAGCCACCUAUAUCAAGGUUUACCUGCUUGAGAAUGGGGCCUGCUUGGCCAAGAAGAAGACAAAGGUGGCCAAGAAGACCUGUGACCCCCUGUACCAGCAGGCUCUGCUCUUUGACGAGGGGCCCCAGGGCAAGGUGCUGCAGGUGAUCGUCUGGGGAGACUACGGCCGCAUGGACCACAAGUGCUUCAUGGGCAUGGCCCAGAUCAUGCUGGAUGAGCUGGACCUGAGUGCCGCCGUCACCGGCUGGUUCGUGGGGGACGUGGCGGAGAGAGAAAGGCCCUGCAGCGAUGCUGGGCGAUGGGCAGGAACCUGAUGAAUGACUCAGAGCGCUGUCUUCACAUUUCUGCUCUGCUGACUCCGUCCCACUCCCUUCAGAGAUGGCUUCCCUACCGGGAGUCUGUGAUGGGCCUUCGGGAUGAACCGGGCUCCACGAAUGGGCCACGUCAUGGUUUGACCAGGGGGAUGUGACCCUGCAGGAAAGACCUGUCUCCAGAAUGACUCCCCAUCCAGGCAGUUCCACCACCAGCUCUCCUAGGAAAGGCACCCCUGGGAGGCCGCCGUGUGCAGCAAGCCCCAGGCGUGUCCAGGACUGGCCGAGGCAGAACCUAGGAGCUCCAGAGAGAGCCGCUCAUCACUCGUGGGAUCACUGCCCGCUAUGGCACUGAGGCCAAGCCAGUCCUCCCCGGGGCAUGGCACCCACCAGGGCAAGCCUGCCCCAGCUCUUCUUUACUGCCAGCCUUGAGGAGAGCAGAGCACCCCCUUUUAAAGACAAUAGAACCCUCCAAGAGAACUUCUUUGGAAAUGAAAUGUAGCACAAUCUUAGACUGCGUUACGAGGAGCCCUGACACCCAACCAGGGUUCUUGCUCUUCACCUUGCUGCCCGGGAGACCUGUGCUCCUCCCCUGGGGCUCCAGAGCUCCUAAUACCUCUGAUCCCCCGUCUCCCUCGGCCCAGAAAGCAGCACGGCUUCAGUGAGGCUGCUGUUCUAUUUCUCUGAUUGCUCCCUGCACUGUGCAAACUCUGCAAGAAAUUGCUGCCUUUGCUUGACAUUGUAAUGAGUUGUCCACCACCUGAGGGGAGGGAGAUGGCGCGUCAUUCAGGGCCCAGGGGUGGUCCUGCAGUGGCUGCAAGGAGGUGGGUAAGAAGAGGCCCGCUGCCCUGCUGACCCCUCCCUUUCUCACCCCUCCUCUGCAUCCUCUUCUCCAAUAUCCUGACACGUAAAGAGGGUCUUUAAAAUGCUGCUUCCUGUACUGCGUUGUCUUUCACUGGAUGAUCAGGGAGGAGGUGGGAAUGCGGACUCAUUGUCCCCUGCCUUCUCCCUCAAGUCUGCUUUCACUCAGGUCAGAAGAGAUUGGGGCAAAACAAAACAAUCAUGAUUGACGGGCAGGGGAGCCCUGCCCCAUCAGGUGAGGCCUGAUCGGGGCUGCAUCGACCUGGUCUGGCUGGGAAAGGGUUAUUUGAAAGAGUGCCUGAGCAUCUCAGAGCAAUGUCAGUGAUGCCAAAGAGAGCAACUUGGCCUCCGUGGGCACCAGCUCUGUGUUGGUCUGCCUGACGGUGGGACCUUGUUCUCUGACAAAAGGGCUUAAUCUUUCCAUGUAGCAAAGCAACUCCCCCACCCCCACCCCCACCCCUAGCUUGGGCUUUUGUGGGCCCAGCACGGCUGUGCCUGUGAGGGAAACCACGGCAGAGAGAGAAAUUGCAUUCUCUCAGGGGCCUAGACUGCUCAUUGAGAAGCGUAAGUGCUUUGGUAAAACCUUCCAGCGCUCUGGUUGGAAGCUUGGCCAGUAAGGACAGGGGCUUUGGGUCUAACAAGGAGUUCACCCCAAUGCCAGGAAGACCUGUGGGACUGGGUUCCAGAGAGCUGGGCUAACAAAUGAGCCCUGGGAACUCCAGGGGCAACAGAGCAUCUACCCCAUGGGUCAAUGGCCUGGACAGCUGGCUAUAGAGCAUCAAAGGCUGUUAUAGGAAGUUUGCCAGAAACCGCGACCAUGCGCAAGACUUCUCACUUUUCUGGGCCUCAGCUUUCUCAUCUGCAAAAUCAGAGCAUUUGCUAGUUGCUGCACGGUUCCCUCCAGGUUUUGAAAGUCUGAUCUGGAGCUGAUGAGGGUUGAGCCUGGUCACCUGGUUCCACGGGCUGGUUUCUUCCAGCCCUGGGUACCCAAGCCGGGUGCAGGUCCUCAUCCGUCCACACCCAGAUGCUGCUUCUGACGAGAACUCUGGGAACCCUAACAGACUGCUCCCACCUCUCUGUGGCUCAUUCUUUCUUAUUCUUGUGGAAUGAUGAGAAAUGAUUAAGAGGUGUCUACAACGGACAAUUUUCAAGGUGCUGAAGUGAUGUUACAACCUCAGCUGCAUCCUGUGUAGGUUGGUAUCCCCACCAGCAGUUGGUCCUCGUUGCUGCUUCUAGAAUGACAUCGGUGGGAGAGUCGAACAUGGGAGAAUUUUAAAGGAAAUGCUCUCUGAUGGGAGGAGAGAGGGAACGUCCUGUCCACGUAUUUUGCUUCUUAAAACCACUCCUCUCUCCAGAGUGUCUUUUACCAGGCGACAUCUCCGCAGGCUGAGUGGCUGCUUCCUUGGGAAAAGUUGGCCUGGUUGUUCGGUCUGCUCCUUUAGAAUGUAAAUUCACAGGAGGAAGGAACCCUUUUUCUAGAAUAUCCAAAUGCAUCCUGCAAAGAGAGAGAUAGCUGAUAGGGACUGACAAGCACACUGUUUAGAUAAAGAAGCAAUUCGCCUUUUAUAUCUGUGCUCCUAUACAUUUUCUAUGUGCAGCAUCUUUCCAAACUGGCUGUGGCUCCCGGGUGGCAGGUGGACAGCUGGGAAGGACUUGCCAGCCGUUCGUACAACGUUCUUGCCAAUUCCCUUGAGGAGAAAAUUCUUCACAUGGCUUCUGCAUGUACAGUAU